AUGUCGGCUACACAGACGGAAACAGUGACAGAGAGCUGGGUUCACUACCAUGAUGGAGGUGUACCUGGACGACGUCGUGUCUUGAAGGGCAAGGCUGCGAAAGAAACGUUCAACGAAGUACCAAAGAUCGACUUCCAACGUAUAUACUCGGAUAAACUGGAAGAUCGGAAAGAGCUAGCAAAGGAGGUUGGCGAUGCUUGCCGGAGCGUUGGCUUUUUCUACGCAGUCAAUCAUGGAGUAGACGAGGAGAUGCUCAGCGACACAUUCAAGGCUAUGGAGAAGUUCUUCGGGCUACCGAAAGAAGUCAAGAUGGAGAUACACAACCAAAAGACGGAGAAAUUCAGAGGAUACGAAGCAUUCCUAGAAGGAAAGCUAGAUCCUAGUACACGAGGAGAUCUCAAAGAAGGAUUCCUCAUGGGCGAAGACGCCACGGACGAGGAGCAAAACCGCCCUAUCACACCUUCCACAUCCAAACCCCGCAACCAAUGGCCCACGCACCCCUCCGCCCUCUUCUGGCGCCCCGCCAUCUACCGCUACUACAACGCCAUGUACACCUUCAGCAAACGCAUGCUACACAUCUUCGCUCUCGCCCUCGACCUUCCCGAAGACCACUUCGAUCCCAUAACCACACACCCCAUGACCAACAUCCGCGCCGUACACUACCCGCCCCAAGAAAUCGACACCGAUGUGGGGAUCGGCGCACACACGGAUUUCUGCUGGUUCACGCUCGUGUGCCAGUCUAAAACCGCGUAUCCCGCGCUCGAGGUACUCAAUGGCAAUGGCAUAUGGAUCCCCGUGCACCCGCAGCCCAACACGUUCGUCGUCAACAUUGCGGACUUUUUGAAACUUGUGACGGGCGGCAGGUGGCAGAGCACUGUGCACCGCGUGCGGAAUAUCGGCGGCGAGGAGCGAUAUAGUAUCCCAUUCUUCUUCAGUCCGAAUGAGGAUGCGAAGGUCAGUGUGAUUGGGCAUUUGAGGCGGGAAGGGGAGAGGUAUGAGGAGUUUGUCGUCGGCGAGUAUUUUCAGAAGAGGUUGGGGAUUGAUCGCAGGACGCAUUUGGAGGAUGAGAAGAAGCAGGAUAGCGGUACUGAGUGA